GGGAACAGGGUAAGGACAUUAGCCUUGCUAGACAACGGUUCAGACUCCAGUCUCUGCUCCGAAGCUUUGCGAAGGAAACUUGGUGUCGCUGGACAGAAGGUUAGAUACACUGCGACAACAGUAAAUGGUAACGAAGAUAAGGUAGGCUUUUCAUUUGACGUGAAAGUCAGUGGUACACAAGAGAUGAAAGAAUUGUCAUUGAAAGUGUUAACAGUGGAAAGUGUUCCGGCUGGGAAAGAUUCGAUUCCGAUUCGAGAAGAAUUACGCUCUUGGGAUCACCUUAAGGACUUGCCCAUAGAUGUCGAUGCAGGUCAAGAUGUCCAACUACUCAUAGGCGCUGAUACGCCCGAAGCGUUCUGGGUUCAUGAAGAAAGGCGAGGUCAAGCGAAAGAACCAUACGGCAUUAGAACCUCCCUUGGAUGGUGCGUAAUGGGUCCAGGGAAUGCUACAAAGAAGAAACUGAUCUCCAAUCGAAUCACUGUUUCUGUGACGAAUGACCAACUGAUGCAGCAGUUGCAGCGUACGUGGGAACUAGACAAUGAAGGCCUAGAAGUUUCUGUUGAAGACAGAAAAGCAAGAGAUAUCUUAGCUACAACGACAACUUUGCUAGAUACCAAACACUACGAAUUAGUACUUCUUUGGAAGUAUGAUAGUCAUCCCUUACCAUGUAACAAGCCCAUGGCAGAGAGUAGGUUGGCGAGUUUGAAACGUAAACUAGACCGAGAUGAUGACUUGAAGAGUAAAUAUGUCAAGACUGUAGAAACGUACAUAUCGAAGGGACAUGCCGAACCAGUCGUAGACCAGAAAGGCGUAGAAGGUAAUGUGUGGUAUCUACCCCAUCAUCCAGUGACCCAUCCACGUAAAAACAAAGUAAGAGUGGUGUUCGAUUGUGCCGCGAAAUGGAGAGGUGUUUCUUUGAACGACAACUUGUUGAAAGGGUCAGAAGUAAUCAGCAACUUGGUAGGCGUACUCUUAAGAUUUCGGCAAGAGC